AUGGGAAUCAAAGGGAGGAUCCUCAUGCACUACGUCAAUAGAAUAUGCGCCCGAUUGAAGUAUCCACAGUAUCAGAACGAUUGGAUACUAUAUGAAAGAAUCCCGUUCGAGAAUUCGUGGCAUUGCAAAGCAUUCAAGUUAACUAUCGUACAAGAGGCACUCUUGAUCCGCAAGAUAAAUGCAACGUUGCGAGAGGAACCUGAGGGCUCGGCUUCGGCCCAUGAAGUCGGCGCGCGUAUUCCAAUGCUACAGGAAAACAAUCUUCUGGAUAUCAAUUAUCCCCGCGGCAGCAUCGCGAGUAUGGACAGAGCGGGUUAG